AAACUUGUAGUGAAUCAGGGUUUUUCCUUGGUUGACAAAACCCUUCUUGUCAAAAAACCCCUUGAUAGUGAUAUACUUGUAUCUCUUGUUGUCCGGCUAAGAUGUUUUGGCAAAACCACCAAUCUCGCUAUGCUGAAGAAUUUCUUUGCUGUUCCGAUUGCCCCUAAGAAACAUCAGCUAGAGCUGUUCAAAUAUUCCAAUAUCUGGCAUGAGAAGCAACUGUUCAAAGAGCACUUUGCAAGUACUGAUUUUCAUGAUUGGAAUCAUAUGAAACAAAAAAUAGUCUUGGUUCUAGCAGAUCUGUACCAAGUACAAGAGCAUAAUUACCUUUAUGAAAAGCUCAACUUUUUUGAAAGGAAACAGUUCGAUUUAAUAUGUGGAAAGUCUGCAACAGAUCUUUCAUGUGCCCUUAAGACACUCUCUGGUUAUUUGAAAAAUAUUAUAUCUGAUGACAAGCUUGGUGAUGGGAUGGCGGUUUCGGCGAGACAUUUCAGCAGUAAUAGUAACGAUAAUGAAUUUAGAGAAGAGAUCGUUCGGAGGUACCUCAACGCAAUGGAUCCUAGCAUACGACCUCCAGAGGGAUAUAACAAAGAUAAUGUCUCACCAUACAUUGACAAAAUAGGCACACACAAACAAAUUUUUUAUACUCCAUAUAAACCUUUAUACUCGCCCGAAUCACUUUAUGACAUUACAAUAUCCAAACUACUCUCUGCUGGAUUACAUCUUGGUCACUCGACAUCGCUUUGGAACCCAGUAACCUUUCCAUUCAUCUUUGGAACACGAGCCGGCAUUUCGAUCAUUAAUCUCGAGUACACCAUAGUCUAUCUUCGUCGUGCUUGCAGGGUCGUGAGAGAAGUAGCUCUUCGCGGAGGGAUUAUUCUCUUUGUUGGAACUCGGGCUGGAUUUGCACAGGCUACGAUAGAAGCAGCUCGACGAUGCAACGGGUAUCAAGUGACAAAGCGAUGGUUACCUGGCACGAUAAGUAACUCGCGGCAGAUACUUGGCAAGUUGACACCCGCGCAUCCAGAUGGUGGUGGUGGGCCGCCGGAAGUGUUCAAACCAGACUUGGCUAUUGUGUUGAAUCCCCUGGAGAAUGCAAUUGUUCUCGCCGAGAUGAAGCAGGCGAAUAUACCGACUAUUGGAAUAACUGAUACUGACUUUGAUCCGCGUAAAGUUACAUAUCCUAUUCCGGCAAACGAUGAUUCUGUACGAGGUGUCACGCUUAUUGCUGGAGUCUUGAGCGUUGCUGCAAGAGAUGGUCUCAACCACAGGAGGAAAUUGCUGAAGGAACAAGAGGAAAGACAAGCUGGUAAAUUUGGUAUCAUUAAGGUGAGGGUUCAGGCAAUGGAAGAGUCGAAACGAGAGGAGGAAAACAUGAUUGAUAAUUUUGACGAAACGGAAGAGACGGAAGAAGCAAAGUAA